UGCAGUGCGCGCACUUCUGGACCCCAGGCUGUUCCCACCGCGACUGACACCUCAGACACGUGUGGGAGGGGCGGUGCGCUGGCUAUGGGGCUGUGCUGAGUGCGCGCGUGGCCGGCAUCCACCUGCUACAGAGCCAGCACUGCACUGGUAUCCUGGGGCGGCUCCUCCCGACGUGUCCGCGGGUUGUCGGAUACUGCAGAGUUGGGUUGGGGGACGCUACAGGUAGUGGGUCCUGAGCAGCGGCUGGCCCCUUAUCUCACUGCCCCUCCCCGCAGCUCUGCCUCCUCGGACCCCACCGUCCCUUGGAAGCUCGCGCAGGGCACCUGCCGCAGUGACCACCUGGACGCAGGUUCCCUGACACCAGCCUCAAGAAGCCACAGAGAAGGAUGGAAACGGUAUGAAAAGGAGACUCUUCCUCUUUCCCAAGACUCCUGAAGCCAUUGGUGGCUUCCUUCUUGGUGCUCCUCACUGGCAUAGAGAUCCUCCCUGAUCUUCCAGUCGCAGCCAACUUCUGAAUCACUUUUCCAUGCCACCAACUGGAACGGCCCUUUGGAUCCACAGGUAGAAAAUGAGCAUCACGGACGUGCUCAGUGCUGACGACAUUGCAGCAGCCCUCCAGGAAUGCCAAGACCCAGACACUUUUGAACCCCAAAAAUUCUUCCAGACGUCAGGCCUCUCCAAGAUGUCAGCCAGUCAGGUGAAGGAUGUUUUCCGGUUCAUAGACAACGACCAGAACGGGUACCUGGAUGAAGAAGAGCUUAAGUUUUUCCUCCAGAAGUUUGAGAGUGGUGCCAGAGAACUGACCGAGUCAGAAACCAAGUCCUUGAUGGCUGCUGCGGAUAAUGACGGAGAUGGAAAAAUUGGAGCAGAGGAAUUCCAGGAAAUGGUGCACUCUUAAAAGCCCCAGUCUCUGGAGAAAAGAAAGGAAUAAUCACCUGGAAGGAUUCCAAAGCCCUGGGAAUGGGGAACCCCACAUCCUAUCCCUACCUAGUUUGUUAAUUUCCCUGGAAACCUUCUGCAGUUUGCUCAUUGUUUCAGCGAGGUCAUGAGAGAGUCACUCACGACUUUCUCCGUGGUGGAUAUGCCCUGACGACUUCUGUAAGCCUCCUUCCCCGGACAGGCAAUGCCUCUAAAAAUCACCCAAUAAA